AUGUCCUCUGCCCGCCAUGCCCUCUCCGCCGCACACUCCAUGGCCCAACAGGCCGCCUACCACGCUCCCGCCGCCAUGGCCGUCUCCAAUGCGCCGCCGGGCACCUUCACGCCGGGCACAAAGGUCCAGGUCGGCAACCACCGCGUCGUCAUCGAGCGCUAUCUGUCCGAGGGCGGCUUUGCCCACGUCUACCUCGUCCGCGUCCCCAAGUCCGACGAUGGCCUGCCCGAGACGGCCGUGCUGAAGCGCGUGGCCGUCCCGGACAAGGACGCGCUGGCAAACAUGCGCACCGAGGUCGAGACGAUGAAGAAGCUCAAGGGCCACCACAAGAUCGUCACCUACAUGGACUCGCACGCCUCGCAGCUGCAGGGCGGCGGCUACGAGGUCUUCCUGCUGAUGGAGUUCUGCUCGGGCGGCGGCCUGAUCGACUUUAUGAACACGCGCCUGCAGCACCGCCUCACCGAGCCCGAGAUCCUCAACAUCUUCUCCGACGUGGCCGAGGGCGUCGCGACCAUGCACUACCUGAAGCCGCCGCUGCUCCACCGCGAUCUCAAAGUGGAGAACGUCCUGAUCACCACCGUCGGCGGCAACAAGAUCUACAAGCUGUGCGACUUUGGCUCCACCGCGCCGCCGAGGCCUGCUGCGACGACGGCGGCCGAGGGCAGGCUGAUCGAGGACGACGUGCAACGGCAUACCACGCUGCAGUACCGAAGUCCCGAGAUGAUCGACGUCUACCGCAAACAGCCCAUCGACGAGAAGAGCGACAUCUGGGCCCUGGGCGUGCUGCUGUACAAGCUGUGCUACUACACGACGCCCUUUGAGGAGGUCGGCCAGAUGGCCAUCCUGAACGCGAGCUUCAAGUACCCGGCCUACCCCCAGUUCUCGGACCGGAUAAAGAAGCUGAUAGGGUGGACGUUGCGCGAGAGCCCGCAGCAGCGACCCAACAUCUACCAGGUCAUGUCAGAAGUCUGCGCCAUGAGACAUCGCUCCAACCCCAUCAAAGACAUCUACUCCAACCGGACGCACUCAGAAGCUCGCAGAAACCAGCAACUACCGCCGACCGAACCGCAAGUCUCCACUCCGCCCAUCAUAGGCCUGCAGAAGGUCGCCCCCGUGAAGCAGGUGCAGCAGAUCCCGGACAUUGCGCCGAUGCGUAGAGGACGGCCCACGGCACCCGUUCAGCAGCCCCCAGCAGCAAGGCCGAGUCCUUCUCCGAUGAGGGGGACUGUGUCGGAUCCAUUCGCAGCUCUGGAUUCUCAGGACGUUCAAGUCAGACGGGCCGCUGCGGAUGAACUUGCGGCGCGCUUCCCAUCCCUGGACGAGUUCUCCCUGCUCCACGACCGAGGCCAGAAGUUCGAAUUCGAUCAAUCGCCACCAACAUCCGACCCGCUACUGACCAAACGAGUGACAGAAGCUCUGGCGGAUGAUGCAUUCGCCCUGCCUCCAGCUACGAAAGUAGAGUCGGCCCCCACCAUCAAGCCUUCUCCGAGUGUGCCCUCAGCAGGCGUUUCGAGAUCUGUCUCGCUCAGGAAACCAAAGCCAUACGAGUCUCCGCGAACAUCCAACCCGGCAAUACACGAGCCAAUAGCGCAACGAGUGAAUAUGGUGUCGACAGGAGUCCAGACAUCGCCCGCGCCAUCCCCCGCACCCCCUGCGCAGAAGUAUCCAGACGUUACCAACCGCCCGCUUUGGCGCGUACCCACCACCUCCUCGCAACACCACCGCACAAUGAGCCAGCCUCGCUCGUUUGACAAAUCCCAAGGUAUCCCUCCGUUUAAGCCAGAACUUGCAUUGCCUACUCGGCCAUCGUUGGACUCGAGAACACGAUCCCACUUGUCAACGCUCAGCAUUCCCAAAUCGCCGGCGUCCUCCCGACCUUCACUAGAGAGUUUGCGUUCUUCUGCGUUGGAUUUUGGGAACACUAUCGACCGCUCCAGAUCCGCAAACUCCAACGCCCGACCAGCUAGCAUGCACGUCGAAUCGAACCUCGACUACCUCAGAAACCGUGAGAUGGCGCCUGGACGGAACUUUGUUGCCCCAUCCUUGCAGCGUCGAGUAACGUCCAACGCGAUUGAUGAUUCUGAAACAGAGCCCGAAGACAAGAACAUCAGGUCAAGCGUUGACUUUUUGCGUGUAAUGGAGAGAGAUGACACAGGCCAGAAGAACAAGCAUCACCGAAGCAGUUCGCAGUCGAAGCAGUCCAAACGGAACAGCAUAGUAUCGUUGACAACCAACACCAGGAACAUUGUCAAAGGCAGAUUCGGCGACGCUUUCCGCCGCUUCGAAACCAACAACUCGUCUCGCACGCCAGAGAACGAGCGCGACCAGCCACCUUUCUCAGAGCCCGAGGAUUCUCGGGAAAACACCACAUCACUCACACCAAUCGCAGGCUCAGAAGUUACCGGUGGCCUCAGCGACGACGACCGCAGCGCCAUCAACGAAACACAGGAGCUCUCACCCGAAGUCCGCAGGGAACUCGAAAGACGGCGACUCAGCGAAGAGGAGCGACGCGUCGAAGCCGCAGCAGCAGAAUACAAGCAACGCGUCACCUCGCAAAGCCAAGGCCAAGCCCAGCCCAAAGCCGGCCCCUCCAAAGCCUCCACAAUACAAAACCGCGUCAAGAACCUACUCGGCGAGACCAGCAAACCCCCACCCGUCAGCCGCACGGCAGAGGGCUACGGAAAAUACACAGACACAGGCAAACCACUACCUCCACGGCCGCAGGAGCAACCCAGCGCACGACAAGCUCCCACCGUGGCCCGCAAGCCCGUCAGCGUCGCCGCUGGACCCGCACAGCAACCCAUGCCAGACCUGCAGUACACGAAACCCACCCGUCCACCCGCCCCGUCCACCUCUGCUCCACCAACCAUCAGCAUCAGACUCCCCUCUGGCCCUGCGCCCCGCGCGCCCCCGAAACCAAAGGCGCUGCGCACCGGGGGCUUGGGAGAGGUGUCUGGCUCCGCGAACCCGUCGCCUACCAAGCCGAGUCCGGGGGUGAUGGGCUCCGAUGUCGGCGCGGGGAGCGAGUGGGACGUCGAGACGUUUAGUAAGCGGUAUCCCAGUCUGAGCGGGCUGGAGAUGGUGGAGGCGGAGAUUCCGAAGCGGGGGGUUAGGGAUGUUUGA